GAGGGUAAGCCGUUUCGGGAAGCAGAUAGGCACCGUUUCGCAGGGCCGGAAGCUUCGAUCUUUUCGUUCUUGUGAGCUCUCUCUUUCUUGCAGCAAAAAGGAGUACCUUUUUUCUUGGGUUUUAGAGAGACAGAGAAGAGGAGAAGAAAGAAAGAUAAAGAGAGGAAUCGGUGAGUGCAUGUGGAUGUGGGUUAAGAGGAUAUGGACAGCGAGAGAGGUCGAGAUUUGAAGCGGGGCGGCAGCUCGGGGGUUCAGUCUUCGCCCGCGAAGCGACAGCAGAGAGUGUUAUCUGGACGGAUCGGCAGUAGCACCAAAUCCAUCUCUCCCAUUUCCUCCUUUCCCUCUGAAGAAGAAAAAGAAAAAGUUGCAGUUUUGAGUGGUAGCAGUUAUGGCGGCGACGGAGGAGAGGAGGAGAGCGCGAUGGAGAGAUGGAAGAAAGAGAAAGCCAAGGCUUUUGGCUGGGGCACAGGCAUCAACCAAGAGUACAGCAGGACUGGCGAUAGAGGAGGCAUCGGGGGCUCUGAUGGAGGAGAGCAACCUCUUUCACGCCCGCCGCUUUCUCGGAGUGUUGGACUUCAGUCAAAGGCAUCUGAGGAUUGCAAUGCUGUGGGUCCUGCUGUGGUGCCUAGGAAAUUACGUUCAGCGAUGAACAAACGCACCAGCUUAUCAGCAUCUCCGCCUUUGCCGGAUUUGAAGAACAAAUUAUCAGCAUCUCCGCCAUUGCCAUAUUCGAGGAACAAAUGCAAUGCCUCCAAUGGUGCGAGGAGAUGUAAGAGAAACCAGCUAAACGAACCAGUUACCAAAGAUGAGGAAGAAGCUGCUGAGAUAUUGUCUGCAUUGGCUAGUAUGAUUUCUGAUGGCAGGCCAGUUAAGAUCGGUGAGGAUGGUAGAAUGCCGGAGGAGAAUUCACAGACAGCAGCAACUGUUGUUUGUCAUUUAGAAGCUUCAAAGGAAGUGAGUACUGAAAUUUUGCUUCCAAGCACCGGUCCUGUAGCCACAAAUCCUUCUUCUCAGAUAGAGGAGUCAAUCGCAGAAACUGCAAAACCUGAGCCUUCUGCUUUGGAGCAGCCUACUCUUACCAGUAGAAACCAAGAAUUGGGUCCAGGAUCAAAUGGAACAGCUCAACCUGAUUAAAGAACACCUCCAUCUAGGAAUGAACAGGCAAAGAAUUCAAUCUUAAGGGAUUCUUCAAACUCAUCAAAUCUCUUGGAAGCUUCUCUUUAUUCUUACUGUGGGAACAGAUCAGCACAAUCCAAUGCCCUUGCGUUGCACAAACCAGAGAUUCGUCCUUGGCCGUUUGGAUCUGCUUCAGCAGAACACCAAGUGUGGUCUUUCUAUCAGAAAGCUGACAAUCCUACACAUUAUAUGCAUGGGGAAGCUACAAGUCAUGCUCUGCAGCCUGGUUUGCCAAGCGGUGGUAAUGGAAAUUUGGCAAUGUCUUCUUCCAGUAAAACUGCUCUCUGGCCAGACUCUGCUACAGCCGGUUGUAGAAUUAGUUCAAACGGAGUAAGCUCCAAUGGAAGUGGCCUUCCAACUGGAAAGCUUCCACAGGUUUCAGCUGAUAGGAGAUCGUCAUGGAAAAGGUGCACGACUCACGUGUACGUAAGCCAUAUCAUUCAGCGUUAUCAGAAAACAGAAAUAAAGCAUCAGUUUCCAUUCCUGACUAACCAAUCAAAAUCCAAAGAGGGAAUGAAUUCUGAUGUUCAAGAAUCCAAUGAAGCAAUGGGGAUAAGUAGUCUGAACAGCAGGACAUCUGGUGGAAAUAGUGGUUCCAUAAUGGAGAGUACAGACGAAUCUAGAAUUCAAAUGUUAUCUGGUUCCUGUAUGAAGCAGCAACAGGCUCCACAUCAUUCCAUUAUGCCGGUCUCCUUCUCUCAGGGUCCUUCCCUGUGUCCAGACCAGCUUGCAGCCAUGACUCAACAGCUACCACACCACAUUGGUAACUCACUUUAUGGACACCAUGGACCCCAAAUUGUUGUUGCUGGAGGCAAAGUACAGCACAUAUGGCAAGCAAAUAUAGCCCAAUACAGACCGUCUCUUGGUAUUCCCACAUGGCAAACCAUGAGGCUGCAAGACCCAUCCCUGCUUCCCUGUGCUCAGCCUCCGUCCACAUUUCCUCAACCUUCCAGAGAGAUGCAGGUUAGAUCCUAUCAAUCUUCUAGUUCACAGGAGCUACAAGAGCUCUUGCCCAUUCCCUCAUCAUCAUCAUCAUCCUUGAGAGCAAAGAAGCCACAUGGUGGUGGGUUUGGCACUGAAGGUGCACCUCAACUGCAGCUGCUAUGUCAUGCCCAGCGCAUGUAAAGACAAUUAUAGUGAUGGAUGGCUCAGAUUGGUUCAUUGUUUUAUUCAUUCAAAUGGUGGGUGGAGCAUAUUGUGUUUCUUCUUCGUCACCAACUAUAUAAAUUUCUUGUCAGUGUUUGCUUCACCUGAAAUGGCAUUUCUAAACUCCAGAGGCUUUUUGAUGAAUUUCAGAGGAUCACAGGUUCAAGGGGAAGAUGUAAUGAAGAUAUUUUUCCCAGAGGAUGACAAUGACAUUAUACCGGCCAUGCUGUGUGUAGCACAGCGGCACUCAUCUGUGGUGUAUCGGUACUCUCCCAUUACUUGAUACAUGUAGGAAGAACGUCCUGUACCCAUAACAUGUUAUUACAUCUAACAAAGCAGCCCCUCCGACCCCAAAGAAUAAAGGAAUUAGAUGAAGGUAUAUACUGGAAUGAAAAGUGAGGGAGUUCUUUUUAGCU